UCUAAGUUUAUACUCCAACUAUCGGUAUAGCUCGCUCUCUAAUCUCAGUGACUGUGACACUGAACAGACAGUUUGCAUCUUUCUCCCCUGUUUCUCCUCUGAUGACAUAAGAACACAACCAUGCCAACAAACUCAAACAGUGGUGUCAAGUUUUGUCUCCACUUCCUGCACUAAUUUGCUGUCAGGACCCACUAAGCUAUAUGAUGUGCGAUGAUCUGUUUGACCUAAAAAACAAUCUUGCUUUUUCCAGAAACACUGGUGCUCACAUGUGUUGUUAAAUGUGCUGUUGGCAGGAUCUCUGAUACAGCCCUGAUAAUAACGAUGUACUGUCUCGGGUGUCAGUAUGUACAGUAAAGUAAAACGUAGACAUUGAUAAAGGAGAAAAGGCUGCAGAACAUUAAUCAAGGUUCCAUAUCUAAAAGCACACAGCCAUCUGUCUCAGACUAUGUGCAUCUCCCACAUAAGUGCUUAUAGGAUGCCACUGUGGGGUUUGCUCCUAGCUACCUGAUGUAUGGCACAAUGACUGUUUCCUCACUCCUGCCUAGCCUUCUGCUGCUUCUUUUAACUGCAUAUUUUCAGCGAGCAGAAGCAAAGAAAUCAGAAGAGGCCAAAGAUCAAGAUUCCGAAUUGCUGGGUUUUUGGAAACAGCACUUCAGGGAUUCCAGGCUAAAAAGAAAAGGUGAAGCAGUCAAACAGAUGCUGCUCUACUGCCGGGCUGGGAUUGGCUACCAUCUUCAAAUCUUACCAGAAGGCACAGUGGGAGGGAUCCACAGACCAGAUCCAUACUGUUGGUUAAAGCUGUUUGCUAUGAGGCCUGGAGUGGUUGGAAUCAGAGGGGUGAAGAGUGGGUUGUACCUGUGUAUGACUGAGCAUGGGCUGGCAUAUGGAGCGGAGAAGUUUACAGACAACUGUCUGUUCAAGGAAAGCUUAGAAGAGAAUCAUUACACAACCUACUCCUCUUUGUCUACCCCAGGCAACUACUUGGCUAUUUCCCACAGAGGACAGCUCAGGAGGGGCAACAGUGUGGGCCGCAAUCAGUCAUGUGCUCAUUUCUUACCCAGGAUUAUAUGAUGCUAGUGCAUCACAUUUCCAAAUCUCUUGUAGCUACUCAUAACCAAAUGGAUAGUUGUCAUUAAAAUCAAUCUUUAAGUUGUGGAAAAAUAUAUAUAUAUCAAAAGCAGGACAUAAAGCAACAUUGUGCUACAGGUACAAUUAGGUUUCUUCAGGACUUCCCUAUGUAAAGUCCACUAUGAUGAAUCCUCAGUAAUGUGAGUAUCAACCUUUGUAACAGAAAGGAAACAAAAAAGCAAAUAUGAAGGUAAUGUCUUGUAAUUCAGGAUAAACUGUUUUUUUUGUUUGUUUUAAGGAUGAGACCCUCUCAAUAAGGCUGAACCUGUACUCUGCAUGAAAAUCUAUAGUUUAUUGUUUGAACUGUAAUGAUGUGUUGACAUCAAACGUGAUCUGAGCAUCAAAAAUGGUUAAAUGCCAAAAUGUGGACACCUGGUCUAACGGUGGUCAAGAUGUUUUGAUAAUCUUUGCUUAUCUGCUCUAUUCUGUAGCUACAAGCUUGAGAGCAGCUUGGGUUUAGUUACUUUGAUGAGUUGGAAAAAUAGUUUGAACAUGUUUUUAAGAAACAUCAAAACAUUAUCUGUGCAGUCAAUUCAUCAGAAUUUUGAUCCUGCUAAAAUAUGCAGUUCUUGUUCAGAGUGACAGACCUCCAGCAUACUGGUGGCUGGCAGUGCUGGGAAUCCCAACUGGGAUUUCUCUGUAGGGGGAUUUCACGCUGUUGUCCAUAUCAGCUGGAAGUGAAUAUAAAGAGUUUUUAAGGUUUCUGGUUAAAAAAAAGUGCAUGUACUAGAAUUUACCAUAGAAUAUUUUCAUUAACAGGCUUUGACAUUUAUUUUUUUAUCCUUUGGAGUUUAAACCCUGUUGAUUGAUUUAUUUUUCAUGUGCAGCCAGCUUUGCAGAAUGAUAACAGCUUGGAUGUAGGGUCUGUCUCCCCAAAAAAACUCCUGGAUCAACUUUUCUGAUUAGUUGACGCUCCUUAUGUUGUUUUUACUUAUUUAUUUAUUUAUUA